AUGCGGGUCAAAAUGCUCCACGCGGUGGUUACCACUGGCUUCGCGACUCCCGCUAACAUCCAUCCGCGCAUCGCCCUCCGCCAACUCCCCCACUUCACCCGCCCCCUCUCUUCCGCCACGCCCGCGGCUCUCGAUUCGUCGCUCGCGCAAACUCCCCGCGCCCCUUCCGCGACUAGCGAGCGCAACGACGGCCAACCACGCGCAGCGCGCUCCGCGAACAGCACCGCUAGUUACGGCGGCGGAGGCGGUGGCGGCGGCCGCGGAGGAGGGGGAGGAGGGGGAGGAGGGGGAGGAGGGGGAGGAGGGGGAGGAGGAAGGGGAGAUAGCGGCAAGCAAAAUUGGAAUCGCGCGCGCGGUGGAGGAGCGGGAUCGCCGCCGUCCGAUCUGUUCGGCAACCAGAUUGGCCGCGAAGGGCGGCGAUUCGGUCAGCCAAUAGUGGAGCGCAAGGGGCGCACGAUCGAUGAGCGGAAAGGCGGAAAUUCUCCCGCGCCCCCUCCCCCUUUCCCCCGGCGCAAGGGGCCUGGCGGAAGGGACCCUGCGGACGGCGCAAGUCGCGGGAGAAAAGAAGCGGAGUCUUUCCGCCAGGAGCGGUUAGGGGGGAAGGGGUAUAGCGACGGUAACGACUCGGAGGAGGAGGAGGAUGAUGAUGACGUGUACGAUGACAUGGAUGACCUGGCAGACAUGGAGGCAGAUCUGCUCCCCGGAAUCCCGCGCAACCCACUGCCCAGGAGCGCGCGGGAGAGGGGCUUUGGCGGAAGCGCUGAUGCGGGCGCAGCCGCUGGCGCGGGGAUAGGGGGAACGCCGGGGGUGGCGGAAGCGGAGGAGGCGGCGGAAGGGGAUCCCGGGGCGGGGAUGAGCUGGAUCAUGAAUGACGUGGACAUGGAUGAUCUGUCAAUGUUCGCGCCAGUUUCUCUGAAAGCCGCCGUGUUGGACCCUGCUGUGCUGAAUCUGUCUCCAACAGGAUUCGAACCCUCGCCUCCAGUGAGCAGCAGUGGCAGCAGCACCAGCAGCAACAGCAGCAGCAGCAGCAAUGGCAGGGUUGGUGGGGGCGGGUGGACAGGUGAAACGAGUGGUGUGGGGACGGAGGUGCGGCGGAUCGGAGAGGGGGGAGAAGACGAGGAGGAGGUGGAGGAGGAGGAGGAGGAGGAGGAGGAGGAGGAGGAGGACUGGGACUGGUUGGAAGAUGCACUGGAAGAGACGGUCCCAGAGGACCUGGGCAAGCGAGCAGCAGCGGGAGUAGCAGCAGCAGCAGCAGCAGCAGCCACAUCAGCAACAUUACCAUCAGCAGCCGCAGCAGCAGCAGCAGCAGCAGAGGUGGGAGAAGAAGCAGCAGCGGAGGGGGCGCCCAAGCAGCGAUCUCCAGCAACCAACGUGGUCAUGACCUCUUCCCCUAAGUGGGUGGCGCUACACACCAUGGCAGCCACGGGCCAGACGCCCUUUGUCUCUCACCUGCUCGCCAGCGGUGCUGCUGUUGACGCGCUCGAUGCGGACGGCACGACAGCGCUGCAGCACGCAGUGGCAGGGGGGCGGCUGGCCAUGGCAAAGCUGCUGCUGCGGCACGGGGCGAGCCUCGAGAUCCGCGACCAGCACGGAGCCACGCUGCUGCACCAUGCAGUGCGCACCGGCAACGUGGAGAUGGCACGGCUGCUGCUGCAGAAGGGAGCAGACGUGAACGCCGCCGACCAGUGGGGGUGGACGCCCAUGCACGUGGCAGCACAGAGCGGGCGGAUAGAGAUGGUGCGAGCGCUGCUGGUGCUGGGGGGAAAGACACGCGUGCAAGCACAGGACGGGCGCACCCCUCUGGACAUAGCGCAGGCAUACGGGCCGGCUCACGGGCUGUACAGCGUGGUGGAGAUGCUCCGACGCCCACCCAAGGUCAGUCAGAGACGCAUGGGGAAGGCGGGGAACAAGGGUCAGAUGCAGGGGUACUGGUGCGUGGGGGCGGGUGUGGGGGUGCACAGGCUGUACAGCGUGGUGGAGAUGCUCCGACGCCCACCCAAGGUCAGUCAGAGACGCAUGGGGAAGGCGGGGAACAAGGGUCAGAUGCAGGGGUACUGGUGCGUGGGGGCGGGUGUGGGGGUGCACGGGCUGUACAGCGUGGUGGAGAUGCUCCGACGCCCACCCAAGGUCAGUCAGAGACGCAUGGGGAAGGCGGGGAACAAGGGUCAGAUGCAGGGGUACUGGUGCGUGGGGGCGGCACCAGCAGCGCUCGCACCAUCUCUAUACGCCCGCUCUGUGCUGCCACGUGCAUGGGCGUCCACCCACAGUGGAUCAAUCCCACUCAAACUGUGCCAUUUCCCCUCUGUUAUUUCCUUCGUCGACGUUCUCUCCCGUAUCUGUGCCUUCUCCAUACAUACUGCCGCCUCCCCUGGCUCCAUCACUCCCUCCUCCUCCCCUCUCUUCCCCUCUCCUCCCCGCCUCACUCCUUCCCUCCUUUCCUCCUCUCUUAUUCGUUCUCACCCUCUCUCCCCGCCACCCCCUCUCUCCCCGUCACCCGUUCUCUUCCAUGUGUCCUCUCAGUUGCCUCCCCGGUCCAGCAAGAAGCACUAG